GCGUGGUGAGAUAGAUGGUGUGGGAUACAGCAGCUGGUUAAAGCAAGCAGAGGACUGUAACACAUACUGUACAGAAACGUGCGCUGCCGACCUGCAGGUGGCGCGCGCAGAGUGCUCAUAACAGUAGAGCCGAGGCGCCACAGAGUUCAGUAGAACUGCGUCAGAGAAGAGGUAUGGCGGCGGCUAGCUGAGGCUGACGAACACUGACCCUGAAGCACAGAGCGAUUAAAGACUGUUCUUCUCCAGUGAAAAUGGCUAGCAGCAACCAGAAUGUAGGACAGGAGGCUAAAGGAGACGGGGGGAGCCGCGGAGGCAGCGUAUCUAUUGAGAAUAGUGAUGUUCCGAGGCAUUUAAUGGCAGGCUCGGCUCUCGCAUCCAAACAAGAUGGCGAACAGGCUGUAUGUGAAGGAGGACCCGUGCUGCUAGCAGGGCAAGAAGAUGCAGAGCGGCGCAGAAGCAGCAUGUCGGACCUGAAGACGAGUGAUAAUGGCUCCGCGGCGUUUGAAAAGGCAGCGCUAGAACAGCCAAGGAGAAGUUUUCACAUUCCCCGGAAGAACAAGGAAAAGAAAGCGCUGUUUCAGUUCAUGUCUCUGGACUCUCGGGAGUUUAAAGAGAUUCUGAAGAUUAUGAGCUCCUCCUACCUCGACUCGUCUUCAGGAAGCACCUUUUCUUAUAAGAAGGCCAGUCUGAUCCACAGCGAGCUAUUGGAGAAAGAGUUUAUUGAAAAGAGACGAGAGUUGAAACAGGAUGGGAGGACAGAGAAGGAGCUUGUGGAGUCCUAUGCUUUUUUGCUGGCUGAUCCUACAAAGCUCAAUGGGAUUUGUGAAAAAGGAUUAGACAUUGGACAUUCCAGAGUCACAACACUUGGCAAGCCUUCAUUGGGUGUGUACCUGUCCAAGCAUGCUGAUCUGCUACAGAUUAAUCCCUUUGCUGUCGGAGCAACUGGAGAAAUAAUUAUAUUUAAAGUUAUGAAGGGAAGAAUUAAGAGCAUAUAUGAAAACAUGUCGAAAAAUAUCCUGGAUCCAACCCCAAAGUUUGAUAGUCAUGUUUCCAAAAACUCUUCACGGGUCACCACGUUGCUGUCCUACAGAGCGUUUGAGCUCACACAGCACUACUUCUAUGAGUAUUCCUUUGAUGAAAUUAAGAAGCGCCCCAGGCAUGUGUGUCCCUAUGCUGUGGUGUCAUUCAUGUACAAAGACAAGGGCAGUGCACCAGUGCCAAAGCCAUUGCCUCUGCCAAUGUCAGUCAGCAGCAGCAGCUCAGAUGGGGGUGGAGGUAAAGGCCACUUCACAGUUUGGACCGGUCAGUUUCUAAACAAGGGGAACCUGAUCUGCCAUGCCGACCUGAAAUCUACCAAGUGGCUAUUUCCCCCCUUUAAACUGCCUGAGAAGCUUGACGUGGGAAGUGUGAUGGUCCUGGAUCAAGUAAAACAGAAGAUCCCGGCUGCUGUGUUUUACAGGGACACUUACAAUAGACAGAGGGAAGUGUUGAAAGGUGGGAUGUAUUGCAGCCUUUUUGAGCUAGUGGAAAAAUCUAAAUCUGGAAGCAGCUUGCCAAGUGUGCUUCAGAAGCUGGAAAAGGAGAAACUGGUGCUUGUCAAACCGCUGGAGGACAAAGGAUUUCUUUUUCUGCUUUCAUCCUCCCAAAUGGUUUAUAACGAGUUGAAAGGCGAGCAUUUGAGGUGUCUCCAGGCGCUGUUUCUGUUCCAGGAACCCCGAGAUGUGAAGGCUGCAAAAAACAUUGCAACAGCAGCACCCCAGUCAACCGAAGGCACGGAGGAGAUUAUGCCUCAUUUGAUGACGUUUAUUCCAGCUCUCCACUACGGUCUAAUGAAGUCCCGCAACAACACUUCCACAGGCCCAAACAUUGCAGUGGAGCGCUGUGCGAGGGAUUACCUGAGGAAUCUGUCUGAAGGAGGGUGGAAACGGAUCAGAGAGUUUGUCUUGUACGAGUAUGACCAGAAACUGGACGAAAAAAGGGUUUUGUUUGCUGCACCAUACGUAAAGACAAAUAUUGAUAAGGCUCUACACUUCUACAUAUACGAGUCCAACACCUUUAAGCUGUCUGUAUCCCGAGCGAGGGAGAUGGUGGAAAGCUCUCUCAGGGUCCAAGAGUGCAGCCGGGAGGGCUCCGAGGGCAAGUGCGAAAGCAAGAGGUUUGGCCGGGAGAAUGGCUCGGAGCAUGCGCCGCUGUCGCAGAACACUGGUCACAAUGCGAUGGAUGACCCAGAGAAGCUCAAGGAGCUGAUCCACCUGAUUCAGAGCAGGAAGAAGCACAUGGGAGAAGGGGCAGAGAGCGAGGAGUUCAAGAGUGUCCGCAGUCUGAAGAGAAAGCUGGAGGGGGACGAUGUCGAAACUGCCUACAAGCACUUGAGGACAUGGGCCGGGGAGAAUGGAGAGGAUCUGAAAGCUGAUAUCGAGCAGUCUCCUGAUUCCUCCUCUCUCAUUACCUGUCUGGGUGGUCAAGACACUGACAUGAGGAAGCAAGACCCCUCCAGCACUGUGGCUGCCGACACCCAGAGCCUCAUCCAGCUGCUCCUGGACACCCUGACCAGCGCUGGGGGUGCCUCGGCUGCGGCCCUGUUGAACAAGCCACUGGACUCGGGAUGCGCUCAGGAGCCCCCCACGAUGCACAGCUAUGAGGAUUCAGAGAAGGAGGGGGCCCUGAUGGCUGUAGAUCCCUCCAGUACGUGCAAUGCAAGCGACCUCCGCCUUGCCUCUGGGGAUGAGAGGAGCGACGGAAAGGACAGCUCCGAGGAGCAGAUGGCUGGCAGUGUGAGCAGUCUGGAGGGCUUCAGCCCCUGCUCCAGCACGCAGCUCGAGCAGACACACCACAGUGAGCAGGGGGCCAGGCUGCCGGGGGACAGCGACAUGGCUUGGAAACUCAUCCCAAUAACAGGUAUGAAGUCACAGACGUACCGCCUAGCUCAGGAGGCUAUUAGUCCUCAUGACCCCCGUGUGCUGCACAGCCAGGACUCUUCUCCUGUGAAGUUCACCCAGGUCUCUCCCCCGAUGCCAGCAGAGAUGCAUGAAGAUGACAGGGACGCUGUCCAUCCAGGCUGGGCCAGCUUCACCGCGGAGUAUGCCUCUGCUGAACCCAGAGACGUGGAAAGUACGGUCUUCCAAGAGUUUGGGGGCUUUACCACUAAAGUCCAGGAGCUUCUGAGGCAGGAGAACGUCUUGUACAGCACAAAGUCGGUCGUUUCCAUCCCUGAGAAGCUGACAUCUGGGUUUUCCAAGUGCAUCAGAGUCCGGGAGCCGCACGUCCCUGUGCAGAACUAUGUCGACAAGCUGUGUGAGAAGAUGAGAAGUUUGGUGGACUCUGAAAAGCUCAGAGCUGCUGCCAGACAUUCUCAGUUAAGCAGUUCUCCAGAGCAGUCCCUGCAAACCAGGACCGUGAAGAACAUGGCGCAGGUCCAGAUGGAGCUGUCGAAGUCUCCCAAAAAAGAAUGUCUAAAACAAGAGGAACUAGAGCCUGAACAACAGAUCCUGAGUGUAAACCCUGCUGCGCUGAGCGUGCCUUCCCUGGACGCUGCGCUGGAGCCUGAGGCGGCGCCAGUGGCAGGUGACAGAGAUGGAAUGCUGCCGCUGGGGGAAGCUGGUGCUCACGGCCCUCAGAUUUCAUCGGCUGUUCAGGCUCCAGCUUCUUUCAGUAACCUCAUCAAUCAACUCAAGCCAGAAGUCUUCUCUAGUUUGGUCAAAAUCAUCAAGGAUGUGCAAAAGAACACUUUGAAGUUUUAUAUCCACGCAGAAGAAGAAAGCACUGUGUGCACUGAAAUAAAGGAAUACUUGAUGCGAUUAGGAAAUGCAGAGUGUAACCCACAGAAUUUUUUGGAAAAGAACAGCUCUUUAGACAAGCUGCUGAUCAUAAUUCAGAAUGAAGACAUUGCUGCUAACAUCCAUGAGAUUCCUGCCUUGGUGUCUUUAAAGAAGCUGCCGUCAGUCAGCUUUGCUGGUGUGGACAGCUUGGAUGAUGUUAAAAACCAUACAUACAAUGAGCUCUUUGUGUCUGGUGGCUUCAUUGUAUCAGAUGAGUCUGUUCUGAACCCUGACGUCAUCACUGUUGAAAAACUGCAGUGUUUCCUUAAUUUUUUGGAGGAACGGAACACUCAAAGUAACUGGCAGUGGAAAAUCCACUGCAAAACACAGAAGAAGCUGAAGGAAAUGGGAAGGAUGAACUCCAAAGUGCUGAGCCUCCUGACCCUGCUAAACUCCUACCAGAAGAAGCAUCUGGUAGAGUUCCUGUCCUAUCAUGAGUGCGACUCACAAAGCCGCCAGGCUCCGGAGCUGGACUGCCUCAUCAAGCUGCAGGCCCAGAACAUCCAGCGCAGACACGUGGUCUUCCUCACAGAGAAACGUUUUGAGAUGUUUCCCAAGCACUGUAACAAUGGGGUUGUAGUCGCCACUAUAGAGGAUUUCAUGCAGAAUUUUCAGAGCCUUAUUGGCUUCAACAGCUCCAGCACAGAAGACAAGUGUGUACCAGGGACAAGCACUCAAGAAGUGCAGCCAGCAGAUGCAGGGAUGUUAGCAGUGGGAGAGCUGAAGGAGGAGGAGGAUAUGUCGAUAGACUCUGAAGAAGAAACUUCAAAAAUCGAGCUCGGCGGUGGAACCAUUAAAGCAGAAAGCCUGGAUCCAGAAGUGUCUAUCUCAGCCAUGCCUGCUGAGAGCCAAGCUGCUCCCUUGCUGCACAGGGCUUCAGGACUGGACCUGGAGGCACUCCGAUCCGCCAUCUCCGUCUUUACAUCUUCCACUGCCAAGGACCCCAAGCCACUGUCGCCAGUCGCUUCUCCCACCACAAUGGCGUACAGCAUGUUCAAUGUGAACACUUACCAGAGUUUUCUCGGCACGGGAUCUGAGACCCUCCUCACUGCCUCCAACACUCCAGGUGACCAGCAGAGAGCUGAACCAGCCCUGGGCAGUACUGGUAGCCAAGCCAGCGCUGCCCCUGCACCCAGGAACCCCACCAGCCUGCCUACUCACUCUUCUAACCAAGCCAGCAGUAAACCUGCUUUCAGCACCCCUAACAUUCAGGUCACAUGUAAUCCUGCUCCUAAUAGAGGGGGUGGUAGUAGUCCAGCAUCUGUGACUAAUCAGGGCAGUGGUAGUCACAAAGCCCCUGACUGCCCCAGUAAUCUAGGCAGGAGCAGGAUUCCUGUUAACAGAGGUAGCUGCAGCAGUGCUACAUCAGGGAGUACUACUCAGGUUAGUGAGCGUUCAGCUGGCAGGGGGACUGGAACUGCAAGUCAGGGUAGUGGGAAUUCAUCUGGCAGGGGUGCCAGCACUCAGACAGCAACGACUCCCAGUCGCGGCAGAGGGACAGGCAGUGCUACAUCCAGGACUGGUACCAGCCGGGGGAGGGGUACCUCUUCUAACAGAGGCUCAGGGGCCUCUGCAGGCUCAGGGGCUCCUAACCAGGGCCACGGCCGGGGAAACUUUCACCACAGAGGAGGCGGAAACUCUGCCAGCCGCAGGCGAGGGAACCGCAGGGGGGGUGGAGGGCAUUCUUUAUACCGCGGACGGGGGCAUUAUGAUGGGUACCAAGGGAAUGGUGCCCCUCACAGGCACGGCGGAGGCUGUUACUGGGGGAACGAAAGGGAGAACUUCUACAGCGAUGAUUUCGGCACCAUGUUCAAACCUUACUGACCAUUAAAAUGUACCUAGUAAAUCUUCAAAGUCGUACAUGAAGCGCUUUAAAUAAACCAACAUUUCUUUAAACCUAUGUAUACUGUAUGUGUAUAUACAUAUAUGUAAAUUCUUGGCACUGGGUAGUUCGGUUUCUCUACACUGUGGGAACUAUGUUGGUUGCUAUGUAUAGAAACGCUAGACAGAAGCCACUAUAUUUGUAUUGGUCAAGAACUUUGUUACCCAAAUUCAUUUGUGAAUUUUUUUUUUUUUUUUUCCUGAUGUUGAAAAUGUAUAGGGAAGGGAAAUUUACUACAGCUGACAUAUAUAAUCCUCUUUCCAGGUGGCAUUGUUUGCUGCUGAUUUUUAAGUAAUAAAAAAUAAAUCUUUUUAUUAGGUCGUUGAAAAUGGCAGACUUUUCUGUGACAUCCAUUUGUAUCAAAAUGCAGGACAUUUUAUUUUACAAAAAUACAACACAAAUGCAGUGAGAUUUGUUUUUUAUUUUAAUGGUUCGAGUCCCUGUGCACGAUAAAAACUGUGAAUCCAUGUGACAA